AUGUCGUCCCUCCAAUCCUUCUUCGAAGAACGUCGCAAAAAAUGCGAACAAGACCAAAUCAACAAAGAGGCCUCCGAAAAAGCAGAGCGCGAAGAGAAAAAGGCCCAGAUCAAAGCCAAGAAAGAAGCCGUAAAGCAAGCUCUGCUCAAGGAUCCCACAUCCGCUCGCGCCGUCCAAGCGAAAUACGCUAAAGAGUGCAAAGAGCAGUUGGACGAGGAUAAGAAGCAUCGGGAGCUGAUUAUGCGGCGGGCAGCUGAUGACCGGGUUGAACGGAAGGCGAGGGAUGAGCGGGAGAGGGCAAAUCGAAGGUAUGCUGAUGGAGGGCAAAAUGGGGAUGGUGGGAUGCAGUGGAUUGAUGAAGGUGCACGCACGAUUGGAGAGCCGGAGAAGAAUCUGCUAAGCCGAGAGGGAGAAGGGGAGGACUAUGGUGAUAUCUUUGAAUACUCGAGCAGUGGUAGUGAAGCGGAUAAUGAGGAUAAUGAAGAGAUGGAGAAUGAGUCGACUGUUCGACCGAGAAACAUCGUAGGGACAGAACCUCGCAACGACGACCCGUAUCCAAGACGACUUGCUGGAGUGAUGAACACCCCAAUGUCAGGCCCUCGUAACGACGACCCGUAUCCAACAUCUCGAGCAGAGAUUCGGGAUUACGUUGCAAAGAGGGCGAACGAGCGACUUGCUGGAGUGAUGCACGCCCCGAUGUCAGGCCCUCGCUACAGCAACCGUCUUCCAGCACCUCUCGUAGAUGACCAAGACAAUGAUGCUGAGAUGGCCGACGAGCCAUCCCGUACAUCAUUCAACACCUCAAGGGGUAACGAUCGUCCCAACGGUCACCACCCCAACGGUCACCACCCCAACGGCAAUCAUCCCAAUGGCAACCUGCCCAACGGCAACCAAUAUCCCCCACCGGACCCUGACAGACCAACCACUCAACCCUCAGCAUCCGAAAUCGCCGCACUUCCCGACGCGCUUUUCCGCGAUCUGGACCUCGCCCGCCUCCUUCUAGCCAAUCCUCCCCCCAGCGAAAUCAUCGCGAUCUUUAUGAGCGACCAAUACAAUGUCAGCUAUGCGGUCUAUUACUGGAUCCAUAUGAAUCUGCCCGUGUUCAUGGAGGAGGUUGAGAGGAGGGGUUUUUCAGAGGCGCAUGGACAUGUGGCAGAGGGGGAUUUUCUGGUGAGAUGGGGGAGGUGGGUUAAGGCUGGGGAGGGCGGUUUUAGUAGGGAGUAG